CACGCAAGAGGCACGAUAUGCUAACGCGAUGGCCUGAUUGAGGCUUUGCCGGCCCAGUGCUGGUAGAGCUGAUGGGGCAAAGACAACACCAGCUAUUUUACCUAUUGUUAAGCAUCAUGAGUACUUCAACAACACUUUGAACUGACUUACAAGAUCAAUCUCAUCCUCGCCAUCGCUUCAAUCUCACAAACAUCUUGAGUAGCCUUGAAGAUCAACCCCAUCAACAUCAGUCACAAUGCCUGCCUUUGAGUCGCCAGAGACUAAGGCGCAAUCCGCCGAGGACUUGUCUUCAAUGCCAGCAACUGAGCUCCCAGAACUUGUCACAAAGCUAGGUGACAUCAAGAAUGGACUCAGUAACGGCCAUACAAACGGUCAUGCAACAGAUCCGUUUACACUGAGCCAAGAAUAUGCCUACACACCACGCAAGAUCAAGGUGUUCACCAUUGGCGCGGGCUUCUCUGGUUUGUUGAUGGCGCACAAGUUCCAACAUCGCUUCCCUGAGAUGGAGGACAUUGUUGAUCACACUAUCUUUGAGGCGCGCAGCGAUAUUGGCGGCACGUGGUUGGCGAAUAAUUACCCUGGUGUUCAAUGUGAUGUACCAAGUCAUAUUUACGCAUUCCCAUUUGACCCCAAUCCCAACUGGGAGAGAUUUUAUGCCAGCGGAGGGGAUAUCUUGUCUUAUAUGAAGGCGACAGUCAAGAAGUGGAAUCUUGACCGUGACUUGCAGCUUAACACCCGAGUUGUCGGCGCUGAGUGGCUAGAUGAUCUAGGUCAAUGGAAGGUCACAGUCGAGCAUGAGGGUAUUCAACGGGAAGAGUUCUGCCACGUGUUGAUCUCGGCGCAAGGAGUUCUUGUUCACGAAUCAUGGCCCAAGAUCCCCGGUCUGAAGGACUUCGAAGGCCACACCACUCACUCAGCCAGUUGGGAUCAUUCCUACGACUACUCCAAUAAGCGCAUCGCUGUCGUUGGCAACGGUUCAUCGGGAAUCCAGAUUGUUCCGCAAAUGGCAAAGCUGCCCGGAACAGAAGUCACAAAUUUCGUCCGUGGUCCAGCAUGGGUCUACUACAGAGCCCCGCCCUCAAAGCAUCUCGGCAGAGAGGACGAUGACCCCAACCCUCGCUACUCAGAGCAAGACAAGGCGCGCUUCCAAGACCCAGAGCUUCAUCUUCAACACCGCAAGGGUAUUAUCUCGCGCACAAAUAAGUCCUUCUACAUCUUCCGAAAGGGCGAGAAUAAUGAGCGGGGUAUGAAGAUGGCUGCUGAGCAAAUGGCCGAGAAGCUUGGUCAUGAUCCUGUGCUGUGUUCCAAGCUUAUUCCUAAGUGGGAGUUGGGUUGUCGUCGUAUCACACCUGGCCCUGGAUAUCUCGAGUCAUUCUUGCGACCGAACUGUCAUUUGACGGAUAGUGCGAUUACGCAGGUUACGAAGAAGGGCCUCAAGACUGCUGAUGGUAAGGAGCAUGAGGUCGACGUCAUCGUAUAUGCCACUGGGUUUGACGUCUCUUUCCGUCCUCGCUACCCCAUCGUCGGCUUGAACAACAUUGAUCUCCGCGAGCAAUGGAAGGAGGACCCAGAAGCCUACAUCUCCGUCGCCGUCCCCUCCAUGCCAAACUACUUCAUGAUGAUGGGGCCCAACUGUCUCGGCGGCCACGGCUCCCUCGUCGAGUCCCUCAACUGGACAGGCGACUACUUCGUCAAGUGGAUCAAGAAGAUGUCAACUGAAGACAUCAAGUACGUCGUCCCCAAGAAGGAAAAGGUCGACGCCUUCAUCAAGUACUGCGAUCAAGUCCACAAGACUCUUGUCUGGAGUGGUGGCUGUACAAGUUGGUACAAGCGAGGCAAAGUUGAUGGACGUGUUACGGCGCUGUUUGGUGGAAGUGCUCAUCUGUUUAAUCGCAUGCUUGGGGAUAUUCGUGCGGAGGACUUUGAGAUCGAGUAUAACACGGCGAAUCCGUUUAGGUUCAUGGGCAAUGGGUUCACAGAGUUUGAGAUGGAUCCGGAGAGCGAUUUGUCGUGGUAUGUUGAGAAGGCGGAGACGCUUCGGUGUUGAGGCUUGAUUGGGGAGUAGGAUACCAUUUACAGCAGUUCGGGUUAAGAUAGCAUUAGAUCUUAAAUUAUGAGUUUUCAUUUAGAUCCCC